AGUAAGAGGUGAAGGAAAUGAGUUGGAUAGGCUGUCUCUGGGGAAGGGAAGCCAUGGUGGAGUAGAGCUAACUCCUGCAGUGGGUCCCUGGAGCAAGGGGCUAGGUGCUGAGGAAAGCAGCACUGAGCCUAUUGCUCCAGGAAGGGAGCAGAGCUGAUUAGAACUCAGUGGGGAACUACCAGGAGGAGGAGUGCCAGACCGUGGGGAGGGGCGGCACUGAAGCCUGAGAGAAAAUGAGUUAAAAGACUGUUUUCUGUUGCUCUUCUUGCCUGUGUUAUGCAAAUAAACCUUCUCAAAGGAGACUGGACAGGGCAGGGAGUGUUUGGAAGCUGGGGAGAAGCCAUGCCCUGUAACAAUGCUGUGCAUGGAAACAGAAUAAGACCACAAACUUCUUUGUCCUAGCAGGGAUGUGUUCAAAAAGUGACAAAAUAUUCUUUCCAUGUUGCUGUCUUACUAUCAUUUAGCCAUAGACUCUCCUGUUGCUAAAUGCAAUAGACUUCAUGGACUAACACUGGAGUGCCCUCACUCAGUGUUCAGGAAGGGAAAUUGCCAACUUGAUUCUGACCAACAUGAGCCGAAGGCACAACCUGGAUCAGUGAAAUUGUGGACAUGAUCUAUAACAACGGUGAUGCGGAGAAGUGUAAACGGGAUGCGAUUUAUGUUCGGGUCCCUUUCAUGGAGAUGAUCAUCCCUGGAAUUUCAAAUGGUGUCACAAAGCUGGCUGAAAUGCUCUCUCCCCGAUUAGUAAAGACCCAUCUUCCUGUUCAACUCCUUCCUGACUCCUUCUGGGAAAACAACUGCAAGAUCAUCUACGUUGCCCGAAAUGCGAAGGAUGUGGCAGUCUCUUAUUAUCAUUUCUACCAAAUGGCAAAGAUGCAUCCAGAGCCUGGCACCUGGGAUGAAUUCUUGGAGAAGUUUGUGACUGGGGAAGUUGUGUUUGGACCUUGGUAUGAUCAUGUGAAAGGCUGGUGGGAGAAGAGAAAGGACAAGCCGAUUCUGUACCUGUUCUAUGAGGACAUGAAAGAGGAUCCUAAGCGUGAAAUACAAAAGGUGUUACAGUUUCUGGGAAAGGACCUGAAGGAAGAUGUGGUGAAUAAAAUCCUUCAUCACACCUCAUUCGAGGAGAUGCAGAAGAACCCCACUGCCAAUUAUAAGAUGGUAUCAAAAGCCCGUAUGGACCACAGUGUGUCUCCCUUUAUGAGAAAAGGUAUUGCGGGUGACUGGAAAAAUCACUUUACCGUGGCCCAGAAUGAGGCAUUUGACUCAGAUUAUAAAGAGAAGAUGAAGGGAUCGACACUGCAGUUCCGAACAGAAAUCUGAAGCAGCAGUAGCUUCCUUCCCCCAUCUGUCUUAGGUGUUUAGUUGGCUUGGACAAGGGAGAAAUUGAAAUUAAAUGGGGACACCAAAGCAAACAGCAACUGUUAACUACUUUCAAUAUAAUUUUUUCCAUAUGUUUCUAUUUUUGUGGGGUAUUCAGUUCCAUAAUUGCCAUUUGGAUAAUGCAGAUGGGACUUCAAGCCCCACCCCUCUGGACUGUCACUAGGAUCAGUGAUGGUUUCAGUUGCUGUGCGCUGAGAUUCUCACAUAACCGCAUGACUCCAGGGGCUGGGGCUUGAAGAAAACCCACCAAAUAUCAUGUGUCUUGUGAUAAAAUCACAAGAGAUGGCAAUACUGAGGUAAGACUCCACCAGAGGGAUUAUGCAGCCACUAUCAUUAGCAAACAACAGCAAGGUAUCGUUGGGAAUCUUGGCCUCAGUUUUUAAGGACUCAUUUACAAGGCCCUACACAGUAAACUACAUGGUACUGAGUUUGUCUACUAUACCUGAAAAGCUGAGCCGAGCCUGCUGUGACUCAAACCAGCAGGUUCCAGAAAGUCUAUAUAUGCCAAAACUGAUGUGUAGACUGUUAGGUGCUUUGAGAUGAAAAGCACUGUAGAUAUUAAGAGGUGCCCUGCAAAAGAGUCAUUCAUUCAAACUGCAUAUAUAUGUCAAAUGUGCCUGCUUAUGAGCGCACACACAGAUUAAAGGCUGUAAAUCUGA